AUGAACCCCACUUCCGCAACCGCAUCCGCUGCUGCGUCCACCGGACCUGCUAUCGCGACUACCAACGCAACAACCCCUACCACUACCUCAAAAGUACCCCCAAGUCUACUCGACCACCUCACCACCUCGCUCCUCUCCUCCUCCUUCCCCGGCGCGCACUCGUACACGAUCCACGUCGUCCGUUCCCAACCCCGUCGUUCGCAUGCGCUCUUUCCCUGGGCUUCGAACGUCCAUUCGUGCAAGGUCUUUCAACAAGAACUCCUUAUCGUCCUUUCGGAGAAGAGAGGGGUAGAGGUCGGCGAUCAAGGGGAGAAGGAUUUUCUCCCCGUUAUGGGUUUGGAAGCGUUCAUCUAUACGAUCCCUUCGACCUCAACUUUAUUGGUUUACAUCUCCAAGAUCGAUACUUCCGGUUUAGCACCCACGGGUUACACACCUAUGAAGAUAAUCGUCUCUUCGUUCGUCGAAUAUGUGCUCAAAUUCCCGUUUCAGGCGAUGAGGAGGUGUAGGGUUUUCACGUUCGCCAAGAGUCAUGGACAGUAUUUGUUCCCCGGUAGUAAGGAGAAUGAGAAGAAGAAGGUGUUGGAUGACAAAGGUUUGGUUAGGUGGUGGAAAGCGACUUUAGGGAAGGCGGUGAAGGAGGUGGGCAAAACGGAGCAAGGGACAAAGAGAGGAAAGGUCGGGAUGUGGUACCUCGUACCCGGAAUGUCGAGGCUCGAAUCGCUACCUUAUGUUCCCGAUCCGGCCGACGCGGAAGGAGGAUCGAAUUGGAUUUAUGGACAUCCCUACCGCACCUUGUCGUCGCCUUUACAUCCUCUUUCGAGAUCAACGACUCAAGUCACCGAUGCAGGGGAGAUGGCCUUUUGGGACCAUAUCCCCUGCUUCCCCGACGACCCCAAAGCGCGCUUCUUCCACUCGCUCACUUCAUCGACGAUCGCACCGAGCGGGAACGAGAACGAUUACGACGACGUCAUGAAUUCCCUGGGUUCAGCGACGUUCGCUUCCGUCGCUUUGGCGAAAAGUCAGGCCGAGGGGAUUGAAAGGGAACGGGAGAGGGAGAGGGCGAGGUUGAGGGAAGGGGUCAUGGGGGGUAUGGAGGAGUGGUGGGAAAGGAUGGGCUGGAGACAAGAGUGUUGUAGUGGGGUUUUGACGGGGUUCUUUUGUUUGGCGAAUGGGGAGGACGGUCCGGAGGUGGAGACAGAGUCGGAGACAGAGUCGGAGGGGGAUCAGGCACCGCAAGAGGAGGUUGAGACGGAAGAGGUUGACGGCAAAAUUGACGGAAAGGACCUUACCGCGACCACGACGGCAUCAGCCUUGAAUCCAACUGCGUCUACUACUAUGACUUUGUCAACGACGCGCCGCCUCAAGAAGGAAGACAUGACCCUACCGCACGUGACCUUCAUCAAGCUGUGGAGCCAAUUCCACAAUGUCGAUUAUGCCGAAGAGAUUGGCCUCGCGCCCGAGACGGGCAAGAUGGUAGCGAGCGUAAGAAAAUGGGAGGAGGAUGUCGAGAGAUUGGUUGGUGCGACCGUGGCGGGAGGGGCUGUCUCGAAGGGAGAGGAUGCGGAGGACGAAGAUUCUGCUCAGAGGGAGAGGGAGCGGACACAGAAGAAGUACGAAAAAUACGUCAAGCGGGUGGUGGAGGUGAAGAAUCCGGAGAUGGCGGUCGGUCAGAAGCGGGCUCUGGAGGAACAGGCUCAAGCGCCGGCGGUGAUCAACAUGUUGGCGCCGAGGAAGAAGAAGAAGGUCGUCGUUGGAAAUCCGACGGCGCCGACGACGGUUGAAUAA